AAACAAGCGCCUGGCAAGUUGGCCUUUUUAUAUGGAGCUAUUUGAAGCCAAUUCCUAAAUUGAUCUCGGACUCAGCUCACAGUGCUCCAAGAAAAAAAAUUAUUUAAACAAAAAUUUAGUAUAUUUAUCCCUCCAUACCGAAAGGUAUCUUAUAAUACGGAAAAACUUCUCACUUUUUAAAUAUUUAGCAUAACGAUCACGAGUGCAGAAAAAUUCCCAUACGUAUUUGUAUGUGAAAGUAAGAAAUUGGAUUCAAUUUUGAAGGCCACUCGCCGGGGACUAGACCAAAAAACUUUAUGCCGAGAACGAUUUGCAUAUCCUACGGCGUUUUUCUAACGUUUUUGAAACAAAAUUCCCGAACAUAUGAAAAUUUUUUGGGUGAAUAAAGACAUUUCGCACGUUUUUUCGGUUUCUAAAGUGUUUAAAUCCCGGGACCAUUUGUUCUCUGUAGCCUCUGUAUAAUAAAAAAAAAUAACUCUUACUUCCUAACACUUCCACUCCAUGUACACCACCUACUGCUGAAUAUUUCUCCCUUGGAUUAAUCAUUAAUUCAAAACCGUCGCUUGAAUCAGCCAUUGUCAUAUGUGCUAUGCAAAAGAAAUAGAAAAUAAAGGUUGAUAAAAAUAAAUGCGACGAAAUGUGAAUGAGGAAUGAGAAGGGAGGAAGCAAAAAUUUAUCAUAAAAUAUUUAAAGGAUUUUGCGGUGAAUUGACUGAAGAAAUUAGAUAAUCCUCUCUAUCUUGUGGUUCAUGUUACUUUUUUCAGCGAUAAAGAAAAGUCUAUAAAACCCUCAAAAUAAGCUCCAAAUUGCUUCAAUUGAGAAAUCUUCGUGGAAAAUGAUGAUUCUAACAAAAGUGGCCAUAAUUUUGCUCUUUUGCACCCUUGGGGUUCUUCCGCGAUCUCUGAGACGAGAGCCAGGAAUGCAUUUUGAAGAACUGGACAUUCCCGAAGAGGAGGAGAAACCAUCUGCCAAGAAAUCUCUCGAUCGCAUCAAGGAGAUUCUCUUUGAGCAAGAACUCCCAAAUGAUUCACAGAUUUAUGAAGCUCUUCAUGAGCCGCCGAAAAGAUUCAAACUCGUGCGAACGCACUGCCCAAAUGGACAGAUGAUGGAUCACCGUGGAAGGUGCAGACAAAUUUGGUAA